CUCACUGACAUACAAGGCGUUUUUCAGUCUACAUCAAUUUUAAUUGUGAUUUUUUGGUAAGGAUUGUUAUCAUAAAAAUGGGAACCGCAAGCGGGUUACCUUUGAAACAUCCACCUACCCACGACCACCAGCCGCGUCUGAACGAGGUGGCCCAAAAGUUUCUAGCCGAUUUGGACGAGGAGCGCCAGCGGUUGUCCGCGGAUUUUCCACUUUGCGCACUGCUAAUCGCCGAGGCUGUGGACCGUGUCCACGGCACUGGUCGUAUUCCCGGCAAGGCGUUAGACGUGUACAACCAAAAGUCGAUGAAGAUUACCCAAAAGGUCUUCGUGUCCGUUAAUCAGUAUCCCAAGAUCUGUCAUCGACAAGAAGUUGGGAGGCAACAGCAAUGGGGCUCUCACCUAUAUCAACCUGAUUAAGCGAGCUACGGGAAGUCCGCCCGAGUGUAAUGGACCCGCUUUCCCGCUUCCUAGUAUUUUGAUCAAUAUAGAGUCGACAAUGUGGAGGAGGUGGCCUUAAGUGCGAACCGCCCAUCAAGUCCUUUAAGCCCAAUUCUGUUAAACGGACAAACUUUAUAAAAUCUAUGCUGGGAGCACAUUGAAAAUCCUUUAAACAAGAAGAUUGCGGCAUUCAAGAUGAUGCUAAAU